ACAAACGUAAUUUCUAAAGCUGCUGUAAUAACCAAGACGCUAAAUUUUACUGCUAUUCAAAAUCGUCAACAAUAGAUUUUUUACGGCUGUAAUAGUUGAUAUAUUUGUAGAGAAUUGCACGUGCGGUGGCUAUUUAUCGACUCAAAGAGAGUGCGGGGUAGUCAGAAAUCAGUUCGAGACACGCAACUGAAGCGUGCACAUUUAGCCGUGUCGAGACCAACUUUCUCUAGAGUGCACGGGUCACUCUAUAACUUGAACUUGAAGAAAAAUGUCGGAUCAUCACGAUUUACCGUUUAAGGCCGAAUAUGCUAAAAGCGAUCGAUCUAGCUGUAAAGCAUGCAAAUCAAACAUUUCAAAAGAUUUACUGAGAUUGGCAAUUAUGGUCCAGUCACCCCAUUUCGAUGGAAAGGUUCCCAACUGGUUUCAUUUUGCUUGUUUCUGGAAGAGAGCAAAAGUUGCCCAGCCUGAUGAUAUUCAUGGUUACCAUUCCUUGCGUUGGGAAGACCAGCAGAAGGUGAAGGGAAAGAUUGGUGGUGGUGGUGGCGGCGGAGGGGAUGGAGAUGCAACAGAUGGAGGGGAUUCAGAUCCAAAAAUGUUUACAACAGAAUAUGCUAAAUCAAAUCGUAGCACCUGUCGUGGUUGUGAAGAUAAAAUUGACAAAGGCUUGAUUCGAAUUUCCAAAAAAGAAUUUGACAGUCAGCAAGCCAAAAUAUAUGGUCCCCAAGAACUCUGGCACCAUGUUGAUUGUUUUGUAGAUAAAAAAGACGAUCUGGAAUUUAAUGUAGAUAUAAAACAAAUAACAGGAUUCGAAAGUUUAAAGAAAGAAGAUCAAGAAGAACUGAUUAAAAAGCUGGGAGGAGCAGGACCUGCAAUAAAAGUUAAAAUUGAGGAAACAGAAGAAGAAAAGCAGCUCCGUGACCAAAGCGCCUUAAUCUGGAAAUAUCGCGACCUGUUGAUAAAGAAUGUGUCGAAGAAAGCCAUGAAACUAAUGCUCGAGUUGAACGAACAAAAUGUUCCACCUGGUGAAAGCAAACUUUUAGAUGCCAUGUCUGAUUGCUUGACAUUUGGUGCUUUGGAACGAUGUCCCGAAUGUAAGGAAGGGCAGUUUUAUUAUACUACUGAAGGUUAUAAAUGUUCAGGCAAUAUGACUGCCUGGACAAAAUGUAUGAACAUUAUCAAGAAUCCUAAACGUAAGGCCUUUAAAGUCCCUAAGGAAUUUCAUGACGUUGAAUUUUUAAAAAAAUACAAAUAUAAUGCUAACACUAGAAUAUUUCCGGUUGUAAAAGUCUCGGCUAUUGAAGGUCCAGUGAGGGAUUCGGUUGAUGGUGUCCUAGCAACAGAUAAGCCAUUAGAUCAAAUGAAAUUUGUCAUCAUUGGAAAAACGAAGAAAUCCAAAGCUGUCCUCACUAAAGAGAUAUCCAAUUUGGGUGGUACAGUUAUCUCUAAACCCGAUGGAAGUGUUGCUGCAUGCAUUUCAACCAAAAACGAAGUUGAUAAAAAAUCAAAAGGUAUUGAAGAAGCGGAAAAGGCAGAUGUCCAUGUGGUAAGCGAGGAUUUUUUGGAAGAUUUAAAAGCUGGAGAAGUGGUAGCCCAUAUUUUGAAGCACAAUUUGUCAACAUGGGGCUCAGAUCCUGCUACACGAAUUGGUGACAUUAAACCUAAAACCCUGCCAAAAAAGAGUGCUUACAAGAGUGGUAUGACCGCAAAGGAAGAAGCCAUGUUCACCAAAAGCGUCCCAACCAAAAAGAAAAUGACGGUUAAGGGUGGUGCAGCAGUUGAUCCUGAUUCUGAAUUAGAAGAUGUUGCUCAUGUUAUCGAAGAACGAGGCUCGGUUUACAGUGCUGUGUUGGGAACGGUUGAUAUAGUCAAGGGAACUAACUCUUAUUAUAAAUUACAGGCGCUUGAGAAAGAUAAGGGCAGUGGUUGGUAUCUAUUUCGAUCCUGGGGUCGAGUUGGUACAACGAUUGGUGGCAACAAAUGUGAAAAACAAGGCUCAAGAGCUGCAGCUAUUAACAGCUUUAAAACCAUGUAUGUAGAAAAAACAAAUAAUGACUGGGACAACAGAGCAAAUUUUGAAAAAUUUCCCAACAAAUAUUAUCCACUGGAAAUCGAUUAUGGCCAAGAUGAUGAAAACCUUGAAAACUUAGAUGGUUCCAGAGCUGGUUCAAAACUUCCUAAAAAUGUUCAAGAUGUUAUUUGUGCUAUCUUUGAUAUCGACAAAAUGAAGAAAGCCAUGGUGGAAUUUGAAAUCGAUUUGAAAAAAAUGCCGCUGGGGAAACUUUCUAGGAGACAGAUUGAAACAGCUUAUUCUGUGUUGACAGAACUAAAUACGCUCAUUGAAACAAAAGGUUCACAAAACAAAUUCUUGGAUGCAUCAAAUCGAUUUUACACCCUCAUUCCACAUGAUUUUGGAAUGAAAAAACCUCCAUUGCUUGAUACACCUGAAGUUAUAAAAAUGAAAACUGAGAUGUUGGACAAUCUACUGGACAUUGAAGUGGCGUACAGUUUAUUGAAAGGCGGUGAUGAAGGAGCCAAUCCUAUUUAUGCGCAUUACAAGAAACUCAAAUGUUCCAUGGAUCCAAUGAAGAAAAAGAGCGACAUGUAUGAUAGAUUGGUGAAAUACGUUGAAAAUACCCAUGCUGCAACCCACAAUCAGUACUCACUUCAAGUUGAAGAUAUAUUUGAAAUCAAAAGAGAAGGCGAAGAAGAAAAAUACCAACCAUUUGAAGAUCUUCACAAUCGACAGUUAUUAUGGCAUGGUUCACGAACGACGAAUUACGCUGGUAUUUUAUCACAAGGGUUGCGUAUCGCCCCGCCAGAAGCUCCUGUCACAGGUUAUAUGUUCGGUAAAGGUGUUUAUUUUGCCGAUAUGGUUUCAAAAAGUGCCAAUUAUUGUCGGGCUAGUAAAACUGAUAGUACAGCCUACAUGCUGUUAUGUGAGGUGGCUCUGGGUAAUCCCCACGAACUUCUCGCCAGUAGCUAUGUUACAUCACUACCAAAAGGAAAGCAUUCAACUAAAGGUUGUGGUAUGACAGUACCUGAUGAGAAGGGGGCGUACAUUACCGAGGAUGGUGUGAAAAUUCCCAUGGGUAAAGGAACAAAUGCUACGAUUGGUCGAUCUAGUUUGCUAUAUAAUGAAUAUAUUGUCUAUGACACGGCACAGAUUAAAAUGAAGUACAUGCUAAAGAUGAAAUUUAACUUUAAAUGGUGAAAUUGAGGGUAGGAAAUAAAUACAUGUAAAAACCUACAUGUAAAUGUUAUGUUAGUGAGCAAUUUUAUAUCAUUUGUUAGGAUUUAUUGUCAAUCUUGUAAUACAAUAUCAUUUGAGACCUAAAAUUUAAUAUUGUAUUUGAAUCUAUGUCAGUAUUUUAUAUAUUUUUCAUUCUUUCCUUAUUUUGGACAUUCUAAUAGACAGAUUAAUUACAAGUUUAAUCUUAUGUAACAUCUGAUAGGUGGUACUCACUUGUAUGCUCGGAGUACCUAUAUGAGAUAAGAUUUAAGCACAACAGAUAUUGACACCUAUUGUUUAAAGUUAGAAUGGGUGACCAUUAAUAAUUAGUUUCAUUGUUAAUUACCUGCGUUGUAUAAACUUCUAAAUUCCGCACGACUUUUAUCUGUAUCAGUCGUAGACUUAAGACAUAAUAUUAUGUAAGACGUGAUAGCUUGUACAAACGUGUAUCAGUCAGAAUCCAUGACAGGUGUUAACAUUGUUGCUUUAGAGCUUAGAGGUGCGAAUUCUAGUAAUUAGUUUAUGUUGGAUUAUCUUACUGUCAAUCAAACUCAAUGUGACUACGAGUUAGCCAAUCAGUUUAAUUGUUUAUGUAACCUGUAAACCAAUCAGGAUUCAGGCGGCAGAGAUGACACUACGUUAUUUAAGAGUGGUUUUGAGAGUCAAAGGGCAGUUGGGUUUUCUGUGACCUAGGGAGAACAUCUUUGGUUAGAUAUCUCCUGAUCCAACCACCAUAUGUAUAUAUAUUAUGCAGUAAUAAAACAUCUGUUUAAUAAAAAGAGUAUGUGUUAUGUUACAUACUCUUAAGUGGUGCGCAUACUUGCCAAUAUUACUCAAGAGAUUAGGAAAGUCAAAAGUUUUUUACGAUUGUCAUAUAAAAUUAGGUACAUUUUAUCGGAAUUGCAAACGCUUAUGGAUAAGGGAUUAGAUUACUUCGCGCAUUUAACAUUACAACUCAACAUGCUUUCACUCGGUCACAUAUCUCCAAGUACAAUCUCUCCAAAAGACCUAAAUUUCCACGACCCAUAGUAAAUAAAUGGUGAACAAUAUAUGCUGACAUGAUGAUACAUACAUGGUGGACAUUUAUGGUGGAAAAUAUAUGCUGACACAAUGAUACAUACAUAGUGGAUAUAAAUGGUGAAAAAUAUAUGCUGACACAAUGAUACAUACAUGGUGGAUACUAUAUGUGCCUAAUUGGUGGAAGAUAUCCAUCUAUGUUGUGUGUUUCCUUUAACAUUUAUACAGCAUUAAUUUGUGACUAUUUUUCCCGCAUAAUGUGGAAGAUAUCCAUCUACGUUUGUGUUUCAUUUACCAUUUAUACAGCAUUAAUUUGUAACGAUUUUUCCCGCAUAAUGUGGAAGAUAUCCAUCUAUGUUUGUGUGUUUCAUUUAACAUUUAUACAGCAUUAAUUUGUGACGAUUUUUCCCGCAUAACGUGGAAGAUAUCCAUCUAUGUCUGUGUGUUUUAUUUAACAUUUAUACAGCAUUCAUUUGUGACGAUUUUUCCCACAUAUUGUGGAAGACAGUGACUUUUAUACUUUGUGAAUAUUUUUAGUUUUGAUGUUGUGCUUUUCUUUUAUAUAUCUUUUAAUGCUUCCAUUAUUGUAUUUUGCUUUAAUCUUUUUAAAAUCGUUCCAUAUUAUUUUAUAAUCUGCCUGCUUCGCAAAAAGUAGGGGACUUUUGAAAUUGGUUUCUCUGCCUGUCAUACCUUUUUGGAAGACAAAUGAAUCUGCUUCUGUUCGAGGUAGAAUUUUAAAAUUUGUUGAAGUUCAGUACAUGUAGAUGUAUGGCUGGACUGGGCAUGAUGUAUUUUAACUUGUGUUACAUUGAUUGGUCAAUGCUUUAUUUUCGAAUUAGGGGGUUGGUUGGUCUAAUGGUUUAUCGUGAGCGUGAAAUAAUAAUGUCUGUCAUUGUAUCAAGUGGCGUGGUUUUGAUUCUCCGCUUAAAUGUGACAGGAGUAGGGUUGCAUGUCCAAUCUUGUUGCUUUACCCCCCCCCCCCCACUACUAAAGACCCCUACGUGCAAGCGAAUUAUUGAAAUAAAGUUGAACCAUAUAUGUAUCUUAGUCCCGAAAUGACCUUCGGAUUAAGUAAGGGGGACUUCUAAUAUACAUGUACUGUUUUCUAACUAAUUUUUUAAUGUCAGGUAGAUCACAGAAAAACUACUUUUAUUAACUUGGGGUACAUUGGAAAAUAAAUGUUUUGUGUGUGGUAAAAUUCAUAAAUUGUGAAGUACAUGUAGAUACAUGUAUUCCAUAAUAACUAGUCUUAGUUCGUUUAAAUAAUGACUUGUAUUGUACAUUGUAUCAUUAUUUGACAGUCAGGAUGUAAAGAUAGAUAAUAGUUGUUCGCACAGUCAUCAACAACAUUCGUGAUAUAUCAUUGUUAUUUUUAUACGCCCACAUUUUCAUGUGGACGUAUAUUGUCGUCGCCCCUGUCCGUC